AUGGGCUUCGCCAAUCUAGACAAGAGCUAUGUGGGCUUCACCGUUGCCCACUGCUGCACCUUCGCCCUCGCUAUUGCAGUUUGUGGCGUAUACGGGAGCGAUAUGCAAUACGCCAGAGAAACACACAAAGGCGUUGAUUCAAAAUGGAUUUUCGCCGUGGUGGUCGGCGCAUUGUCCGCGUUGACAUGCGUCAUAUACGCCGUGCCCUUUAUCUUUGCCAAAGGCAGUUUCUUCAUGAUCUUCUGGGACGCGAUCUUGUUCAUCCUAUGGAUCAGUCUCUUUGGGAUGUACAUUCAUGCAGACGCAAAUGGUGACCGCGAUGUUGAGCGAAUGAAGAAUACCGUUUGGCUGGAUCUGACCAACGCCCUUCUUUGGCUCAUCAUCACGGUGGCCAUAAGUAUCUACUGGUUUAAGCACCGCAGCCCGGCUAGGUCAAGGUGGUCAGGCCGUAUGAAGGUUUAG